UGAAUUGACUCUUGCUGAGAGAAAGAGCUUUCCAGAGCUGGGCGCUGCGUGUCUCGGGCGGAGUUCCCCGCGAAGACAUUUAUAUCACCAGCCCUCCUUCCCAAAGCCUUACUUGUGGACUGUUUGGAAAAUAACUUUUAUCUCAACGAGUGUUUAGCCUCAAUUGUUUUAUGUGUUUACAUUACUUUUAUAAAAGGGGAUUACUGUGAAAGUAUUGUCAUGGAAAACCUCAGGAUUCCCAGCUGAGCCAUGGACACGUCGCGGGAGAGCUGAUGGUUCCGUUUUUAUCACUAAAAGAGGAGCUUAAAGGACUAGUUGGAGAGAAGUUGCAAAGCUGCCACUCUCCUUUGUGACUCACCUCCCAUCCACUCUCCCGAGUUUGAUUCAAAGUUAGAAGGCAAGAUGGCGGCCGAUUCCGUGCAGGGGGAUACUAGGGGGCCAAUGGUGUCAGAGCGCCUUGGCCUGGGCCACAACUUGGACCUCUCCGACACCAUGGUGCAGCAGAAACUCGAGGAGAUCAAGGACCAGAUCAAACGCGAGAUCCGCAAGGAGCUGAAGAUCAAGGAGGGCGCCGAGAACCUGCGCAAGGUCACCACCGACAAGAAGAGCCUGGCUUACGUAGACAACAUGCUGAAGAAGUCCAGCAGAAAGGUUGAGGAGCUCCACCAGGAGCUGCAGGAGCUGAACGCCCACAUUGUGGUGAAGGACCCAGAGGAGCUUCUAGAAUUCCCCAUGACUCCAGACACCCCGAGCAGUGAGGUCCGGUCCAGCCACAACAGUAGCCGACUAGCCGCCCUCAAGAGGCAGAACGACAUUGAGCUCAAAGUCAAACAGGGGGCUGAGAAUAUGAUCCAGAUGUACUCCAAUGGCUCCUCCAAGGAUCGCAAGCUGUUAGCGGCAGCCCAACAAAUGCUCCAGGACAGCAAGACGAAGAUCGAGUUCAUCCGCAUGCAGAUCCUCAAAGCCACCCAGGCCAGUGAAAUGGGCUUUGAGAGUAAUGAUGUUCCUGGCACCAAGCCCAUCAUCAGUCCUCUGGACCUGCGGCUGGAGGAGUUGCGACAUCAUUUCCGGAUAGAGUCGGCCCUGGCAGAGGGUGCCCGCAACGUCAUGAAGCUGUUAGAUAAGGUGGCAGAGAAGAAGGGCCAUUCUGAGGCCCAGGCGGUGUUAAAUGAGUCCAGUCAGAAGCUGGACCUGCUGAAGUACUCUCUGGAGCAGCGGCUAAGCGAGCUGCCCAAGAACCACCCCAAGAUCAGCGAGGUCAAGGAGGAGCUGGCCAUGGUGGCUUCCCCUCCUCUCAGCCCGCGCCAGAGCAUCAUAUCCACAUACACCCAGUACAGCACGGUGGCCAAACCGGCUGCUCUCACUGGUACUUUGGAUGUGAGGCUCAUGGGCUGUCAGGACCUGCUGGAGAACGUUCCGGGCCGUGCCAAGGGGGGGGCGAUGACGCUGCCCGGCUGGAGCCCCAGCGAAACCCGCUCCUCCUUCAUGAGCCGCAGCAACAAAAACCGCGGCGGCAGCGGGCGCAACCUCUCCAAGUCCGACGAGCUGACCAAUGAGAUCAGUGCUGUGCUGAAGUUGGAUAACACAGUGGUGGGCCAGACCAGCUGGAAGCCUGUCAGUAACCAGGCCUGGGACCAAAAGUUCACCCUUGACCUGGACAGGUCCCGUGAGCUGGAAAUUGCGGUGUACUGGCGUGACUGGCGUACCCUGUGUGCCGUCAAGUUUCUGCGGCUGGAGGACUUCCUGGACAACGAACGCCAUGGCAUGUGCCUGUACCUGGAGCCGCAGGGCACACUGUUCGCUGAGGUUACCUUUUUCAACCCAGUUAUUGAGAGAAGACCUAAACUUCAAAGACAAAAGAAAAUCUUCUCCAAGCAGCAAGGAAAAACGUUCCUGCGUGCUCCACAGAUGAAUAUAAACAUCGCCACGUGGGGUCGGCUGGUAAGGAGGGCCAUCCCCUCGGUGAACAACUCCUACAGUCCUCAGGUGCCUGAGCUGUCAGAGCUGGUUCCUGAGAGCACCUCUACUGGAUCCACUGGCUCCGCAGACUCACCCACACUUUCCAGCAACACUACAGUGACCAAACUUGACUUUGACAAGGAGGACAACCCUCUACACAAGCGCCACUCGAUCGCUGUGGACAUGGGCGAAACCCUGGUUGAGGGCAAGCUUCCUGAUGGCAAGGCAGUGCAGGAUGCGCUGGCGACCUUUGACUUCCUGAAUGACCGGCGGAACAGUAUGGUGGUGGGGCCCCUGGUCCACGACAGUCUGGUGCAGGACGAGACUCCCCAGCCUGAGCUGGAGCUCACCUCCGUCCAGCCCCCAGCAGAGAUCAAGGAAGAGGAGGAAUUCCAGUUCAGCCUCAAGGACUUCAAAUGUGUAGCAGUCCUCGGCCGCGGACACUUUGGGAAGGUCUUAUUGGCCGAGUACAAGAGCACCGGAGAAAUGUUUGCCAUCAAAGCUCUGAAGAAAGGCGACAUUGUGGCUCGCGAUGAGGUGGACAGUCUUAUGUGCGAGAAGCGUAUCUUUGAGACGGUGAACAGCGUGCGGCACCCGUUCCUGGUGAACUUGUUUGCCUGCUUCCAGACCCGUGAGCAUGUGUGCUUCGUCAUGGAGUACGCUGCCGGUGGCGACCUCAUGAUGCACAUCCACGCCGACGUCUUCUCUGAGCCCCGUGCCGUUUUCUAUGCUGCUUGUGUAGUCCUGGGAUUGCAGUUUCUUCAUGAUCAUAAGAUCGUCUACAGAGACCUAAAGUUGGAUAAUCUCUUGCUGGAUACUGAAGGCUAUGUGAAGAUCGCAGACUUUGGCUUGUGCAAAGAAGGCAUGGGGUUCCGUGACCGCACCAGCACGUUCUGCGGCACACCCGAGUUCCUGGCUCCAGAAGUGCUGACCGAGACAUCAUACACGCGGGCGGUCGACUGGUGGGGCCUGGGCGUGCUCAUCUUCGAGAUGCUGGUCGGAGAGUCGCCGUUCCCAGGGGACGAUGAAGAGGAGGUGUUUGACAGCAUUGUCAACGAUGAAGUUCGCUACCCACGAUUCCUCUCCACAGAGGCCAUCUCCAUCAUGAGAAGGUUGUUGAGGAGGAACCCAGAGAGGCGUCUGGGAGCUGGGGAGAAAGAUGCGGAAGAAGUGAAGAAGCACCCCUUCUUUAGAAAUGUCGACUGGAACGGCCUCCUGUCCAAGAAGGUACGGCCUCCUUUCGUUCCUACAAUCAAGGGGCGCGAGGACGUCAGCAACUUCGACGACGAGUUCACCUCUGAGGCGCCCAUCCUGACGCCGCCCCGUGAGCCCAGGGUCCUCACGACCAACGAGCAGGAGAUGUUCGGUGAUUUCGACUACAUCGCUGACUGGUGUUAGCUUCCUCCCCUCUUUUUCAAUUACAAAAACAAAACAAAACAAGAAGUUAAUUCCACACCAAACGUCAACACUGCCCCUGCCCUCUGUUGUCAUGCUCAACACUGUGAACCCCUCUCACUGAACAAGCAAGACUUGCCAGCUGCAAGAAGCGGUGAUGGUCGUCCACAAGCUAAUUUUCUUGUCCUCUUGUCUGCCAUUGAAGGGACUGGCGUUUUUAAAAGGAAGCUUUUAAACAAAAAAUAAAUCAACCGAAAAAUCUGUACCCACAAAUAUGAGUAGAUGUAGAUGAAAAAUGUCAUCUGAGGUGUAUGCCCUAUAUGGUAUCCAUUUUGUCUUGUCGGAGCACUGGGAUUGUUUAAAAUGGACUCCUUUUGUAUAAGAUCUCAAACUGGAUGACUCAUGCUUUUGUGUAAUUUUUCCUCCCUCUCCUGUUGGUAUGCUGAGCUGUGUCAAAGUAAUACUUAAUAGUAAUAAUAAUUUUUUGUCACUUACGGAAAAGAAAUCCUCCACCUUUUUUCAUUCAUGUAUAAAAUCGCGUUGUUGAUAAUUGAUCAGCCCCGAAGGCAGAGAAAUGUGCCUGUUAAUGGAAGAGGCUGAGUGUAUCUGAGCAGUUAUUGGACUGUAGUCUAGCCUGGUGGGGGGGACCGUUUAAGUGCUUCCUCUCUCCACGUAUGGACGCAAAAGUGACCUCCGUGCACAUCUAGGACAAUCAUUGGUCAGCUGUCCCCAUUCACAACACUACAUCUUCACCUGUUUUUGUAUUUAUAUCAUUUUCAUUUUUUUUUUAUUCUCUCGUUUUCCUCACCCUUCUCCCCAUAAUGCCUUAAAUUCUGUCAUAGAUGAAGGUCUUACAAAAACACUAAUAGUCAGGUACUUCAAAAAACCUACCAAAGCUAGCUGCCAAAUACUCCUCCCUCUCAAGGUCUUCAGAUCAUCAACAAGAUGUUGGCCAAGAUGGUCAUGUUGAUGGAUGAGUGUAUUUGAAACUUUUUAAGAAGUAGUUUCACAAUGAAAGAUAAGAAAGGAAAAAAAACUGCAUUGAGUUGUCAUCUAUUUUGUUUUCUUUCCGGACUCUUCCAGAUCCCUGUUAACAAUCAUGUACUCUUUAAGAAAAGUGUAAGUUAUAGUUUUAUACUGUAUUUUUAGAAUAAUAGCAUUUUGAAUCUGCUGUAUGGUAUGACAUGAUUUUUGUUUUUAAUAUAUGGAUGUAUGGACAUCAAAAAAGAGAGGGCAGCUCGAACUUGAGAGCGAUUCUGAACUUCUCAAAACGGAAUGUAAAAAUGUAUAUUCAUCACAAUGAAAACAAAGUGUAUAUUUUUUGUUUUGUUUGGCAUGCAUGUAUGCCAAAGCAGGCUGUAUUUUAAAUAGUGUUUUUUUAAAAGACA